UUCAUCGUCAUGUGGCUCUCCCCUGGCUCCCCUUCACUUGCAAACGCAGGGAAAGGGUGAGACCUUUCAGAGCCGCCAAGCGGGCAGGCUUCCAGGGGCAGUCUGGGAGUGAGCCGGCCGCCGAGCCACCAAGCCGGGCGGCGGGGCAUCGGGCCUCGCGUUUCAACUUCUGUUCGGUUCUCCUGUAAUGGAAAAUUGCUUUGCACAAAGCUAGAGUGUUACCGUUCUUUCCAGCGCCCCUCCCCCCAACCCCGCCCCUCGGCAGCCUUCUGAACAGAGGGACGGCGCCCGCAGCACGGCGGAAGGAGGGUAGUUGCGGCUUCUUACUAUGUCCCUUGCCUCAGGCCCUGGGCCCGGGUGGUUACUCUUUUCCUUUGGAAUGGGACUAGUCUCGGGGUCAAAGUGUCCAAAUAACUGUGAGUGUCAAGCCCAGGAAGUGAGCUGCGCAGGAAUCCAAUUAGACGAGUACCCCCACGACAUACCCCUGAGCACCCGGAAGCUGUACUUGAAUGAUAACCGCAUCACCUUUUUGCCAGCGAUGAGUCUAGGACUCCUCAGUGACCUUGUUUACUUGGACUGUCGGAAUAACCUGAUUGGCGAGUUGAUGGAUUAUACCUUCAUUGGGGUCUUCAAACUCAUCUACCUUGAUCUCAGCUCCAACAACCUAACCUUCAUCUCCCCACACAGUUUCUCCGUGCUCAGCAACUUGGUGCAGCUGAACAUCUCCAACAACCCUCACCUGUUCUCUCUGAACAAGUACACCUUUGCCAACACCAGCUCUCUAAGGUACCUGGACCUCAGAAACACCGGCUUGCAGACCUUGGACCACAAUGCCUUCCAAAACCUUGUAACACUGCAGACCCUGUAUCUGAGUGGAAACCCGUGGAAAUGCAACUGCUCCCUCCUGGACUUCACCAUCUACUUAAUAGUGUCCCAUCUGAACCAUCCAGAUGGUCAGAACGCCACGUGUGUGGAGCCCGCAGAGCUGGCGGGGUGGCCGGUCAUGCAGGUGGGGAACCCGCUCCGCUACAUGUGCAUCACGCACCUGGACCACCAGGACUACAUCUUCCUGCUGCUAAUCGGCUUCUGCAUCUUCUCCGCGGGCACCGUGGCCGCCUGGCUCACGGGCAUGUGCGCCGUGCUCUACCAGAACGCCCGGCGCAAGGCGAGCGAGGACGAGGGCGAGGAGGAGCACGGGCAGCGCAUGGACGGCAGCGGGCACAUCUUCCAAAGCAGGGUGGACUCGGGCCAGGACGGGUUCCCGCCACUGAUUUAGUUGCCAGUGACUGCCAUCUGAUUAUGUCUUUCCCCGGGGCUCCCCGCCUUCUCACUCGCCCUCCCACUCCCUCGCCACCACCAGGGUCUAAACGCCUAUUUAGUAAAACAAAUAAAAUGUUUGGUGGCCACUUCA